UAUAUGUAAACGUUAAAAGCAUAUCGCCAACACAAAAAAGCUAGUCUUACUAGCUUUUGACUUUUGACGAAAAAGUUAGCUUUUUAGUCAACAAAAAAGUCAAUGCAAAUAACAUAUACUCAUAUACAUACUUUGAUUAUUUGACCAUAGAAAAAGUUAUUUACCAAAUAAUUGUUGUGUUAAUGUGUUAUGCAUGCUUUGUGAGAGUUCCCCUCUUAAACAUAUCCUUCAUAGUUCAUACUCAUCUUUACACAUACCCCCCCCUCCCAAAAAAAAAAAAAAAAAAAACUCUACACAUUAAAGCCAAGUGUUAAUUGGUCUAAAAUUUUUAUUGAUUCUCCAUCAUAUAUUUUUUUUCAAAAAUUACUAAUUUUAACUAUUUUGACUUAACUAAACUUAUUUUGGCUGAAGUGAAACAAUUUUUCAUAAAUACUACUGUAUUAUUUUGAGGUGAAAUGAACAAAGUGUUAUUCAGCAAAAUAAAAUUAAUUUCAGCAAAAAUAACGUGAAGAGAACAUACACAACUUACACAAGUUAGAGGUGAUUAAUUAUGGCCCACCCUGCUUGCCCGACUCGAAAAUAGGACAAGUUUGGGUAAGCAAAAAAAAAAAAAAAAAAAACCAUUUUUUUAGUUAAAAACCCAAAGCCAGCCCAAAAGCCCAAUUCAGUUCGACAAGUCCGUUUCAACCCAAUAACCCGCCACUUUUUUACGAAUUUGGGCACAACAUUUAAUAUUAAGACUCAGCCUAGCCCGGAUGAUCACCUUUUAAGGCUUUAACACAAAUGAAUCGUGGGGUUACUAGUUUACAACCUUACGAACCCUCAAUCGAGUCCUAUCAUAUUUCUUGGAAACUGUAAUUUUUAAACCCUGGAGUGUACCAUAGUUGCAUGCAAGGCACAACAAUGGCGGAUCUUCCGACGCCAUUAAUCACUAUAAUUCUCUCAAAACUUCCAGUCGAGUCUCUUCUACGCUUCCGUUGUGUCGCAAAAUCGUGGCGGUCUUUGAUCGACGAACAAUAUUUCAUCAAUCUUCAUCUCAAAAACUCUUUGCAAAACUCUACUCAUCAAACCCUCAUAAUUAACGACAUUUUCUUAUAUGGUGGUAGUCACAAUUCCACCAACAAAGAUCCCUAUCUUUACUCCGUCGAUUACCCCACUUUGAAUCGUGCCACAGUAAUCAAUUGCCCCUUUGAUUGUGAUUCUUUUGAAACAGAGAUUGUGGGUUCUUGCAAUGGAUUGCUGUGUUUGGCUGAUGGAAUUGCGGCGUUUAUUUACAACCCGUCGACGAGAAAAUACCGGGUAUUGCCUGUUUCUCCUGUUGAAAUUCCUGGGUUUAAAGAACUUAAUAGGGUAGUUUAUGGUUUUGGAUAUGAUCAUGUGAAUGAUGAUUAUAAAUUGGUGCGUGUUAUUCAAAUGUUUUCUGAUAAUAGUGAUGAUCAUGUUAGUGAAGUGAAAUUAUAUAGUUUGAAGGCUAAUACUUGGAAGAGAGUUAGAGAAUAUUCUAAUAAAUAUUACAUUGGUAAUAGCAUUUCUGGGGGAGUUUAUUUGAAUGGGUCUUUGCAUUGGUUGUAUGUUCGAAAACCAGCGUCGAUGGGGUGAAUGUGCUUAUUGCAUUCGAUAUUGGGACGGAAAAAUGCAAGGUUGUGCCACAACCUAAUUAUGAUCGAGUGACUUCGAAUUGUUCUACUGAUUGGGUCAUUGAUGGGUGCCUGAAUUAUUCUGCUAAUUUAGGGGUCCUUGAUGGGUGCCUUAUGGUUCAGGUAGCUUACCGUAGAGUUCGGACUGAUGUGUGGAUCAUGAAGGAGUAUGGGGUGAAGACCAUCAUGGACUAAGCUGUUUACGGUUCCUCAGAGGGAGUGUGUUGGUUUCUAUCAAUCUUUGAAGCCAAUUGUUUACUUGAAUAAGAAUGGUUCUGAGGAGGUGCUCUUUGAGAAAGACUUUGAGAAGCUUGUGUGGCUUGAUCUUAAGCGGCGAAGAUCUAAGACUGUGAACACCUGUGGUCUUCCUGAUUCAAUUGACACGGUACUGAUGGUGGAAAGCCUUGUUCCACUUGAUUGU